AGAACAGCUUUACUCAUCCUUUGCGAGGCCGAUGCAGUCGCGAAUUCCUCUCUCCAUCGUGUUCUCCGCCGAUGGAAAGCGUCAUGCCAUUCCUCACUGCACCUUUCGCGUCCCUGUUUGUCAAGCGACCGAUGCAGCGCAGACAGAUCAAGAGGAGGAGGGCGUUUCCUUCUUUCACUAUCUAGACUCCAACGACACCCGCCUGCCCUCCCACCCGCAUCUGAGUGCCUACGCCCAACCUCCAGAAGAGUACGAGACCUAUGUGGGAGAGGAAGUAUGGGAAAGGGAGGCGGCAGACAAAAAGAAGGCGUCUGCACCGCCGCAGACGUCAUCUACUCAAGAAACCGCCGUCAGCGAUGGCGAGGUCGAGGCACUCGAGCCCGUUCCCGGGUUCCACAGCGUGGUGAAUUGGGUCCGCCGCGUCUUUGCCGAAGAGGACUGGGCGGGCGACGGGGUCGUCUUGUGCGGGCGGUACGUCGUGGCGGACGAUGGUGCCUGGGUGGUGCCGUCGCGCUCGCCCACGCUCUUCAGCACCCGUGAGGUGUUCUUGCUGAUGCGGAACUCGUGCAAGUUUUUGCAGGAUGUGCACGCGCAAAUGAAUGCGAUGAAGGCCGCCGCAUCAGGGCCGCCACACUGCCCUGGGUCGCCGUCGCUGCUGUAUUUGGAGUUUUCGCUUGCCAGGUCGCUGGCGGGCUCGGGCGCGAGCGAGAUGCGGGCGAUUCUCCCGUACCCGCUGCAUUUCUCCACGAAAACGCAAACGUGGGUGACGGACGACACGGCCGCCUCGCUGUCGUUCACCGGCAUUGGGCAGCGCCUGACGGACGUGUGCUUUCCUUCGUUAAUGGCGUGGACAGAGGAUGAGCACGACGAGAACUUCCGGCGCAUGCAGCGCCGCAUUGAGCAGGCUGCGCUGCUGGAGCGGACGCGCGAAGUCGAUCCCGAUUUCAUCUCUCGGCUUGUCGCGCGAUUUCUUAAACGAAGGGGUGCCGCUUCGUCGCAAUCGGUGGGGUGCAGCAGCGCGGGCCACGGUGUGCAGCAUCCGGCGGAGCAUCUGACGCUGUUGUUGACCAUCGACCUGCUGUUCGACGGACCCUCUCUGCCGAUUUACGUUUUAAGUGCGAAGUCGCGGGUGUUCGAGGUGGUGCAGCGCACCGAGGCGGUGUGGGACGAGCUGCUCGGCACGACGGCAGUGUGGCCGCUGUGGGCGCCGUUGCUGAAGAGCGCGGCGGGUGAAGCGGGCGGGAGUCAAGGCUCGACGUCUGCCGCGACUCUUUCAACGAUGGAGGGCACGUCCACGAAUAGCGACACCGACGCCCAAGAAGAGGCCGACACUGAGGAGGACGACGAGGACGAGGUGGAGAGCGGAAACGGGGCGGCCACGCUCAACUUUUUCCGCAUGUUCCGCGAUGCCGCGCACUGGAAUCAGUACGUGGUCACAAUGACGCAGCGACUGCACGCCGCAGCGGCGGACUCCUCCAGCUCUCCCGACUCGAACAAACCUUUCCGUGAUGUGCAGCACUACUGCGUCAUUGCAUCGGAGAGCAGUGACCUUGUUACGUGCGGCGAUACGCUGACGAAGCGAGGGUUACCGCUGGAGCUGAUGCAUCCUGAAUUGCUGGAGCUGAACGCUGACGCCGCCGGUUUUUUGAAGAUGUUGCGCGACGGCCUGUUCAAGAGACCCAACGGUGAAAACUGA